GUUCAUCCACCUAUCAUCAAUUGAGUAUAUGGCUAGGAUCGGGACUAGGGGGAUUUGGUAUAUAGGGGGGCGUUCCUAUGAGGAUCUUUAAGUGGUCGCUAAAGUUCACCUAUGAAAAAAAAAAUGUGGAACCGCCACAUCAGCGACCUCCCUAGAGCCGGUUCCACGGAUAUGAAGAGAGGUAAAUGCAGGUACACAACUGAAGCACAUAACUGGGACGCUAACUCCCAGGCAAUGGCACCCCGAGGAUCUAACCUUGGACCUCUUGGCCACGAAACCAUGUGCCCCCAGCUGUGCUACGCCUUGGGGACAACUAAAGUUCACCUAUGAGGUCAAAUCCUCUGUGGUUCCGAUCUGGAUCCAGCUCCCCGAUCCUCCCAUACAUAUGUUCUGCAAAAAGGGGUUGUUUGCAGCUGUGAAUAUUCUUGGAAGGUUUCUGAAAGUUGAUGAAGCUAUAUAGCGGAUGACUCUAGGCUGACAAUGGCAAGAGUUUGUGUAGAGAUCGAUCUUUUGAAACCAAAGAUUGAAGAUUUCUGGAUUGGUAUAGGAGAGGACAGGAGAUUGCAAAAGGUGAUCUAUGAACGCCAACCUAAAUACUGUCUACACUGCCAGCAUUUAGGACAUUCAGUUGAGGAAUGUUAUGGUAAUGGUUAUCACCCAAAUCUAGCUUGGGGUGUUGGGAAACAGAACUCUGCUACUGUGGGGGAAGAUCCCAUGGAUUUGAAGGACAAACAUCUGGAAGGUAUACCUAGAGAGGGUGUAGAAGCUCAUCCAGGGGUUUCUCAGGUAGUGUCUUUGAUAGCUAGAGUAGGGAAACAAGUAUGGAUUCCAAGGGAAAAAUCUGUUGUAGCUCUAGAGGUUGGGUCAGUGGAGGGUUUUGCUGUUGAAAACUCUUUCCAGAUUUUGGAAAAUUUGGAGGAGAAUGUGUUGGAUUUGCAUAAUCUCGAUAUCAGAGAUAGAGAAGAGGAAUUAAUUGUGAAUAAGAAGAUGAUACAUGAGGAGGUUGGGGUUCAUGUUUCUUAUCGAACAAAGGCAUUUAGGAGGAAGGGUGUAGCUAUGGCUGAAAUCUCUAGAAAGAUAAGGUCGGAUGGUAUGCCACAGAGAAAGGGUAAAGCUCAGGGAAAAAUUACAGGAACAUAGCUUUUUGCCUAUUGAUGAUUCUGUUUUGGGGCUGAUCAUAGCUUCUUUGGAAGAGGAGGAGGAUAUUUCUAAAUCUUUUGUUGAAAUGGAGGAUUUGGAUUUGGAUUUGGAUAAUCUUGUGAUCAAGAAAGGCAGCUCCUCUCUGAAUGAUGAGUCCGGUGGUGGUGCAGUUAGACAGGGGCUAGACUGGGAUCCAGGAAUACAUAAUAUGAUGACUAGGCGUAAAACUCAAAUGGUACGGGCUUCCACCUCUGCUGAUUUUUAAUGGCUGGUUUAAUCUGGAAUAUUAGAGGAAUAGAGAAUGAUGCAUCUAUGAGAAGAGUUCAUUUCUUAAAAGAAAUUUACCAUUUAAAUUUCAUGGGCAUUUUGGAACCAUUUAUUGAGUUGGAUGAGACUUUAAUGAUCAGAAGAUUAGGAUUUGAAUUAGCUAUAUCUAAUUGCUCUAGUAAAAUUUGGUUUCUACAUGAUGUUAAUAUCGUUUGUGAUAUUUUGGUUGAUUAUGAACAGUUUAUGCAUCGCAAAAUAAGCUCUCAAUUGCUUCCUAGUAGUAUUUUUAUCUCGGUGGUGUAUGCCAAGUGUAACAGUGGUGAAAGGAGAAUUUUGUGGGAAAGGUUGCUGGAUGUUAAACCUAUUGAUGAUGUAUGCUGGUUGGUGGGAGGAGAUUUCAGUGUGCUCUCUAACAAUCAAAUGGUGUUCUAUUAAGGCCGAGAGCUAUUAAAGAAUUCAAUGAUUUCUGAUACUAUCAGGCUUGUCGGAUCUUGGUUUUGUUGGGGAUAGAUUUACUUGGACUAAUAAGAGAAUAUGGAAGAGGUUAGAUAGGAUUUUAAUUCCUCCUCCUUAGAAUGAUAAGGAUUUGGUGGUGCUUGUGGAGCAUUUGAGCAGAGCAACUUUUGAUCAUUGCCCUUUAUUGAUUAAUAUUUCGGUUUCUUCUCCUCCUAAAGCCUCCUUUAGGUUUCAGAAGAUGUGGAUCGAACAUCAGAAUUUUCCCCUUACUGUGACUGAAUUGGAUGCUGCCCUGUUAUAAAUAUGGUCUUCAAAAAUUACAGAUCAAAUUAAGAAGACUUAAGGAGCAUUUGAAAUGGUGGAAUGAAGAUGUAUUUGGUAAUAUUCAUGACAAAGUGAAGCUAGAGGAGGAGAGGUAUGCUGCGGCUAAGAAAAAGUUUGAUGCUGAUCAUUCUGUGGUGAACAGAAUUCAGAUGGGGGAAUCACAAGCAUCUUUGUUUAAAACUCUACACAUGGAGGAAAUGUUUUGGAAACAAAAAGCAGCUACCAAAUGGAUGGGAGAAGGGGAUAGAAACAUAAAGUUAUUCCACAAUUUGAUUCAAAAAAGGAGGUUAGCAGGGAGAAUUUUUAGAAUUUGGGAGAGAGGCUCAUGUUUGGAAAAAGCUGAGCUUAUACAAGCUUCUGGGCUUUCUUUCUUUGAGAACUUGUUAGCUAAUGAGGUAGAGGUUCUACAUACUGAUGGUAUGGAACAAAUUCUGGCAUUAAUCUGAUGAAAAUAUUGUUUUGUCAAAAAAAUCCAACCAUGGAGGAGAUUAAGCAAGUAGUUUGGGAUAUACAUCAGGAUGGGGUAGCUGGGCCGGAUGGGUUCUCUGUUGCUUUUUAUAAGGAGUGUUGGGAGACUAUAAAGGAAGAUGUGUUUGAGGCAGUUUUGGACUUCUUCAAUGGUGGGACAUUCCCAAGGGGUAUGGCUGCAACAACUCUUGUUUUAAUUCAAAAGUGUAAUAAUGGGCAACAAUGGAAAGAUUUUAGACCUAUUAGUUUAUGUAAUAUAUCUAACAAAAUUAUUUCAAAGAUGGUCACUAAUAGGCUAAAUUCGGUGAUGUACAAGCUGAUUUCUCCAUCUCAGAGUGGUUUUGUCCAAGGAAGGCUAUUUCUGACAAUAUGCAUCUUGCGUAAGAGCUUAAUCAUAAGCUAAAUUAUAGGGUCCGUGGUGAGAAUCUGAUAUUGAAGCUGGAUAUGGCUAAAGUCUAUGAUAGGGUACAGUGGGCUUUUCUGCUUAAUGUGAUGAAGGCUUUCAGGUUUUCUAAUCGUUUCAUGGAUAUAAUCAAAAGAUGCAUAGCCGAUUGCUGGUUUUUUGUAAGGAUUAAUGGGACUUUAUCAGGUUUCUUUCAGUCUAAAAGAGGUCUAAGACAAGGGGAUCCUAUUUUCUCCUUUGCUAUUCAUUAUCUCAGCAAAAUUUUUAUUGAGAGGUUUGUAUCAGCUCUUCAAUAGCUCACCUCAGCUAUAUUUUGCCACCAGAUGUGAGAAUAGAAUUUCUCAUUUAGCCUAUACGGAUGAUAUCAUGAUCCUAAUGAAUGGUUUCCUUAAUCAUGUCAAAUGUGUCAAGAAGUUCCUGGAUUUCUAUACGGCAUGUUCUGGGCAAGUGAAUGCUUUUAAGAGUUUUUUCUUUCCUUCUAAAAAUAUUUCAGUGGAUAGGAGACAUAAAAUAGCUAUGGUAACUGGAUUUUCAGAAGGUGUUGCUCCCAAGGUUGUUAAAAUCGAGAUUCUACGUUGAAACGGAAGGGAGUUGUAGAAUCGUAAACUCGUAGUAUCGUAACACGAAU